AUGUCCUCAAGCUUGCGACUGGACAAAAUAUUCGAUCUCAAUGGCCGUAUCGCCCUCGUCAGUGGAGGUGGUACCGGCAUCGGAUGGAUGAUCGCUGAAGGCCUCGCGGUAAAUGGCGCCAAAGUAUACAUUACAGGUCGUCGCAAGGAUGUUUUGGAGAAUACCGCAGCCAAAUUUGCGCGCGAGAACAAGGGCAAUGGUAGUGUUAUUCCGCUACCUAUGGAUGUAACUGACAAGGAGAGCAUUCUUGCUGGACAGCGAGCUGUCGCGUCCAAGGAUGGGAAACUGCAUAUUCUAGUUAACAACGCUGGAAUAUCGGGACCUUUGACCCCGUUUUUGAAUGACACCACCGCGCCUGAACAUAAAAAUCCAGAGACGCUUGGCCGUGCGCUAUUUGAUAGCGCAUCUUUCGGAGACUGGUCGAAUGUAUUCGGCAUCAACACGUUCUCGAUAUAUUUCAUGACCACUGCCUUCCUGGGGCUACUUGCGAAGGGUAGUAGUGACGUGCCUGAUUACACAUCGUGUGUCAUCAAUGUCACCAGUCUCAGUGGAAUGAAUAAACUGGCUCAGAACCAGUUUGCAUACAACGCUACGAAAGCCGCUGCGACCCACUUGACCAAGAUGUUUGCUACCGAGCUGGCGCUCAAAAGGAUACCCGUCCGGGUCUCCAGCGUCGCGCCAGGUGUUUACGAGUCCGAGAUGACUUAUCCACAUAUCCCGCCAGACCAGGUUGACAAGAUUGGAAAAUCCAUCGUGCCUAUUCCCGCGCGCAGAGCUGGAACUCCGCAGGAGGUCGCAGGGACGGUCAUCUACUUAGUCUCGCCCGCGGGUUGCUACACGAACGGGCAGGAAAUUGUUGUCGACGGCGGUUACACAGCCGUCAACCCGGCUGUUCGGUGA